AGUCUCUUGAAAGACGGGAAAGAAAGAAGAUAGUGAACACUGGAAGGGGAGGUACUGGACACGGGACUUGAGUCAGAGCGAAGAACCGACUUGAACGCUUACGCCCUAGUUCGCUCAAGGCGUCUUUUACCUCACAAACUCACGGAGGAUACCCGAGCAACCAAUUUUCUGGGGGAAAUAUUACGAGAAUAAAAUGUUCCAGAAAAGCAGAAACAAAACUGGAAAGUCUGAGUGAAAGUGAGGAUUUGUGAAGCUCCAAUACGCAAUUUAUAGCCCGGGUGUAAGGCUGAUUACCAUUUCAGUUGGAGCGACGGUCCAGGCAAUGGACACUUUUUUGGAGGAAGCCCUUUCGUUAUCAUCAUAAUUCUUUAUACUGGAAUUGAUCGCAAUUAACCUUUGCAAUGGAGAGUCGGAUUUUAUUUACUUGCAUGCUGGUUUGCGUGUUCUUGCGGUCGUCCUGUGGUCAAAACUCUGCACCAGAAGCAGGUGAGCUUUGCAGGUGGUGGUCUGGUGGUGGUGGGGUGUGGUGGGUGGAUGUUAUAACCUACAUGACUGACAGAUUAGGGAGGAGAGGUGCAGCCAGAGGAUCUCCAAAUGGUGUUAUUAUAUUGGCACAAUCAUUUUAUCAUAGCCUACCUGUCAUAGAAUUUCUACAACUUUGACAGUAACCUAUGUUGAUACCUGUUCCUUGCUUUUAAUGAGAAGUUUAACACUAUGUUAAAUGUAUUUAUGCAUAUGAUUUAUUGUGAUGUAAAUUAAAACAUCUAAUUGAUUAUAACACCAUAAUAAUUACUGAAUGCUUGUUACAACCAUGCAUGUGUUAGCUAGAGCUCAUAACUGUAGUGGUGAAAACUAAACUUGGUGGUGAGUCAAUUAAAUCUGUCAGUGGUCUGUCUUUAUAACUCAGUGUAAGUAUACAAUGUACAGGCUACAGAACAUUACACUUCUCACACCCUCUUCCAUUUAUAGACUAGACAUGCUUUGACUAACAUAGCCUAAUUACUUUCUAUGCAUCUCACUCAAACAUAGAAAUGGUUUUAAUACUAAGGACUGGCUGAGAAGCACAGUUGAUCCAGGUUUAAUCACCUGUGAGGAUGUAUUUUGAUCCUACAUAUAGCCAACUGAUGGUGAUAUAACCACAUCAUGUUUUAGAAUCAAGAAGAGCUGCGGAGGAGGCCUUUUCUAUCACAUCUGGGCUGUCAAUCUGAAGCGCACACUUGUCAUUGUGUGUGUGUGUGUGGGUGUGGGUGGGUGUGUGUGUGUGUGUGUGUCUCUGUGUGUGUGAGCUUCCAUGCAUGCGUGAAACAGAUCUAAAGAGUUAUUGUCAGUUACUCCCAUGCUCACCAAGGUUCUGUGGUUUCAUAAUUUACAUUUAGUGUGUAACCAUUAAUAUAUUAGUCAAACUUGUUCAGGGUGUACUCUAAACCUGACACUGCAAUAAAGCUAAUACUGUACAAGGCAAAUAUUUGGCUUACAAUAAAUAGGCAUGACCAGAGAGACACAUACAUAAGUACAUUUUACAGGAGCUUUAACCUGGAGGCCACUAAGGCAGCUAGAGGAGUACAAAGUCCAAACAAGAAGACAGAUGUAGAGAAUUCUUUAGGAAGCAAGAGAAUGAAAGAGAGAAUGGCGGAGUGUGUUCACACUCACUGCAAUUCGUCUUUCAACACUACACUGUUGUCAGUACAACCACCACACAUCGAGCGUCAAAUUGAAGCCUGAAGAAAUUCACUUUUAAGGUCCCAAAGAAAAUAGUGAAUUUCAAAAGCACUCAAAUCUGGAUAACGAACAUGGCAUGUCUCUCUCUCUCUCUCUCUCUCUCUCUCUCUCUUUCUGCUCUGAGCACAUAUGGCUGCUACUGCACAUUCUUCCUCUUCUCUCAAAUGGAACUGCAAAAACACACCUCCCCUUACCCUUUCUCUCUCUCUCUCUCUCUCUCUCUCUCUCUCUCUCUCUCUCUCUCUCUCUCUCUCUCUCUCUCUCUCUCUCUCUCUCUCUCUCCCCACCUCCAACCUACCCUCCUCCUUAUACCACCAAUACCCAGCCGCUCCUACUGUUCUCCCCCCUCUCCCCUCUCUCCCCAUAACCCCCUCUCGCUUAAAUGAGAAGCCAUGCUUCUUGCUACUGUUACGAAAUAUGGAAAAUUGGCCAAAUCUGGAAUGUUUUUCCUAGUCUUUCUAAAUGUUAUGACAGCAUCUUUCAUCCGUCCUUCAUUCGCACACCCCUGCUCUAAUCUAUCUCACUUCAUGCCUAUUUUUAGUUUGUUUGUUUUGAUCUGGUUUUAUUGCUGUAAUUACUUGUUUCUCACUCCUUUACUUUCUUAGGACGGUUCACGCUUCUCCACUCAUUUCUGUUUGUGCAUGUACGUGUGCUUGUACUUGCAUGCAUGCACACUCACACUGAACAGGGAGGGGUCCACUGGAAAAAGUUAAGGGAGGGAGAAGGAUUCAGAGAGAGAGAGAGAGAGAGAGAGAGAGAAAAGAGAGCGAAAGUUAGAAGUAGUAGUGGGUUUUCCCACAGAUGCUCCACACAGUCUCAGUUCGCUCUAGGAUUGUACAUAUCCCUGUAAAUGGGUGUGGCUAUGAGUUUGCCACUUCUCUAUGGGAAGUUUGUGGGUAAGCUAACUAUACCACUAUGUUUCCCUGUUUCCCACAUACACUAAUUGUAGUGAACCGCACACACUUAUUAUAAGCACUAUGCUUAUAGAAAUUCCCCCUCGUGAAGUGGUGUAAGUGGUGUAAAUGUUGCUACAUUUAAACUCUCUGAGCAUAUCAUUCUUAUUCAUUUUCACAUAAUAUUAGCAUGAUAAUCUGUAGCUAUAGCCUAUACAUAUGUAUCUAUAUUCUCCUAUAUCUGUAAAAAUCUACUGAAUGUGUGUCCACCACCUGUAACCCUCUCUCCUCUCCUCUCCUCUCCUCUCCUCUCCUCUCCUCUCCUCUCCUCUCCUCUCCUCUCCUCUCCUCUCCUCUCCUCUCCUCUCCUCUCCUCUCCUCUCCUCUCCUCUCCUCUCCCCUCCCCUCAGUGUUGAACUGCUGUGAGGGCGACGUCCUCUUCCUAUUGGACUCCUCGGGCAGCGUCUCAUCCUAUGACUACUUCCGCAUGCUGCGCUUCCUGUCCGAGCUCCUCCUUCCCUUCUCAUUGGGCGAGGACCAGGUGAGGGUGAGCCUACUGCAGGUGGGCACCCAACCCCGCCUCGAGUUCGGCUUUGAUGGCCACAAUACCCAAACGGGACUCCAGGAGGCGCUGAGAAACACCAAGCCUCUGGGGGGCGACACCAACACAGAGGAGGCCCUCAGGUUGGCCAAGGACUGGGUUCUGAAGCCCGGGGGGAGCGGGGGGGCCAGAGAAGAUCUACCCAGGGUUCUAGUGUGGCUGACGGAUGGGGUGAAGCCGGGUGAUGUGAUUGGACCAAUGAAGGAGCUGAGAGAGGAGGGCGUGUCCGUUCUGGUGAUCUCCACGGGCCACGGGAACUACCAGGUGCUGCGGCAGGUGGUCACCCCUCCUGUGGAGUCGCACCUGUACUUUGUGGACAUAGAUGAUAUGAGUAUCAUCACCGAGGACCUGAGGGAUGCCAUUAUUGGUGAGUGUGUGUGGGGUUCUGUUUGUGUCCAAUUUGAUUCCACAAUUGACUGCAACUGACAUGGACCUUACACCUUCUUUUGAGCUCUGCUAUAAACUGUGCUGCUGUACAAAUCCAUGUAUCCAUGCUACUCCUUUAUCACAUACCCACUCCUAGAGACAGUGGGACAUAGAAGGAAGCAGAGACAGUGUGUUUUAGACUGUAAUGAGAGAGGGGGGGGCUAUUAAUAAAGACAUUAUUCAACCCAGCCCCCUCUACCGUGCCCCCCUACGGUGCCAGACAGAUAUAUAUAGACUAGAGGGUAUUUCUCUGGUCAGAUAGGGUAACAGUCAUAUGGACACAUAGGCACUUCCAGUAAACAUAUGUAGCUCUAAGACAUGAUGCAUAGCGAUGGGCGGACGCAUAGUGUAAAUACAGUUUGUUUACGACACAGAAGGAGAAUCCAUGAUCCCUCUAGCGAGUGCCUGAGGUUCCUAUCCGCUGAUACUGAAACCUCUCUUGGGUUUGCUAUUUGUUACAGUGGUAUCCUCAGAACUGGGUUGUCUAUUUCGAGGGUUUUUAUGGCAUGAGUUGUAAAUGCAUGGGAGAACACACAGUUUGUCAGUCUGUCUGUCUGAGCUCCUCUUGUCCUCCCAUCCUCAUCCCUUUCCGCCCUCUCUUUUUUGCCAUCUUGUUCUGGUUAUCCAAGUAUGAAUGUUUACCAGUGAGAGAAAGGAAUCUGCACACUGUGAUAAUAUGAUAUGGAAUCGCCAUCGUUCCAAUAUAACUUUCCAUUUAUUCCAUUCCAGCCAUUACAAUGAGCAUGUCCUCCGAUUUAAAGUGACACCAGCCUCCACUGGAGGUGUAUAUUCCACCAGUGUUUCAGGUCAUCGGUCUCAGUCUGUCUCUUCUCUAACAGAGAUCCUCCGGGCUGAACGGCUCCAGGUGCGAGACGUGUCCACAGACAGUGCCGUGCUGCAGUGGCGACCGGUUCUGGCCGGUUUGACCGGUUACUAUGAGAUCCGAUUUAGACCGGUUCCCAGUCUAGGAGUGGUUGGAGGAGGAACAGGGGGGCCUGGUACCAGCCCAAGUACCAGUGGUGGUCAGUACCAGCGACUGACCCGGCCAGGGGACUCCAGCACGGCCAGGCUGACGGGCCUAAAACCAGACACAACAUACAAGGCCACACUAACUCCUGAGUCCAACCUGCAGGUGCUCAACCCCCUCUCUGUCAACUUCACCACUAAGCCAGGUAAGAGUAGAGCUGGGGAAGCUUGUGCAUCUUGGUAAAAUCAGUGCUGUUCUAUCGCGCGUGCAAUGAUGUCAGAGGGGAAAAAAACUGUUUGUUGUUUGCAGUAUCUUUUUUGUUGUUGUAAUAUCGGAAACGGACAUGGCAGUUCCACCGUUAAGGAUUCCAGCUUUCACUUCCACUUUAGAAUAAAAUCACCAUAUUAUAUAUAUUUUAAUAUUAUAGUAUUACAUAUCACUUAUUGUCUCCUCAGAGGUGUUGAGUCCGGCUGUGGUGACGGUGUCUGACUCAGGGGCCAACAGUGUGAGGGUGAGCUGGGGUCCUCUGCAGCCGGAGUCUGUCCAGAGCUUCCAGGUGGAGUACAUGGCCCUGCCAGGGGGGAAGCUCCACACGGCUACUGUGGGCCGAGGGCAGAACUCCACCGUGCUGACCAACCUCCAGCCAGACACCCAGUACCUGGUCACCGUGAGCGCACGGCACUCCUCCGGCCGGGAGAGGGCCAUGUCUGUCAAAGUGUGCACUGAGGAGGGUAAGGAGCGUAGAGCAUUGAGGAUAUGUUCUUAGGCACAGAUGCAGAAUGGUAUUAGCCUCAAAGCUUAAACUGAAACAUUAAAAGGGGGAAAUGCAAAAUUGACUAUUAUCCUUCACAUAGAAGUGUAUGAACGCAGCACAUAGGCCUUAUUCACACACUCUCUCUCUCUUUCUCUCUCCCUCCAUCCCUUCUCAGUAAGGCCAGCUCUAGCAGACCUGCAGCUGACCACGGUGGGCAGUGACUCUGUGCAGGUGGACUGGAAAGCCAGCGUGGAUGGCCUCAGGGGCUACUGGCUCACCUGGGAGGGACAGGACAGCCACGGCUCUACCGCCGCCCCGCGCUCCUCCCUCUACCUGCCUCCCAACUCACUGUCCACGCGCCUCACACACCUGCCCCCCGCUACCCGAGUGUGUGUGUCGCCCGUCUACCGGACGGCACGCGGGGAGGGCCUCUGCUGCACGGCCCAGUUUCAUUCAGGUGAGAGGACAGGAUGCCGCCAGUUAACCCUUUCAGCACUGCUGGUUGGGGUUAGUUAAUUUCAGUUGUGUUCAGUUGGUCAAUUGGAGCGGACAUGGAAUUUUUUAGGGCAUGUCUAAAUGGAUCCUAGAAUUGGCACUUUUGAAUGUACCCAAGCCAUCUCUCUGUUUGGAUAAGGAUGAGUUUUGAAUAGCAUUUUGAAUCUGAAGAGUAGCCUAUUUUUUGCCUACAUUACAACAAUGAUCCACUUGUAGCAUGUCGCCAAAACUUCAGAUAAUUUUUUUGAAACAACUCCAAAAUAGUUCCCUCUAGAUUCUGUCUGACCCCAAAGUAACCACACUAAAAAUGUGUGGUUGUGGUUGUGCCUACUGGGGUUUCCAUGACAACUAGCUUACACUCUUGGCUUGCUACUGGGAAGGUCUGGUAUGAGGUUUUCAUGUGUGUCUGUUUCCUUCUGCCUUGCAGAUGCAUCGGUUUGGGGCCACAGAUCAUAACAUUGCUGAGUUCAACAGGCAAUAUGCCAAGGAUGGAGGGAUGAAGGAGAAGAAGAGAUAGAAGAACAAUACAUCUGAACUUGCAUCCCUCCCUCAGUUCAUUCUCUCCUCUCUGGAUAUCAUCCACAAGACACAAGGCCUUUGGAUUACAAAGCACUGUCUAAUAGAUACUGAUACAAUAGAUAGAUAGGCUUACUGUACUAUAAAGAUCUUGCUCUAUUAGUAAGCACCCUAACUGAGUUGGGUUGCUAUCUCCAGCGAUGCAGACAUCUUGAUUUUCACAUUUACUUUGCAUUGCCUAAAACCUGUAAUCACACUGUAAAAUUGUUUGUUUGUUUUAGAUAUAAGCUUAAGAUGUAGAGAGUGGGCCAAGCACACCAGUCUAGCUCAAGGUCAUUCUGCUUAACAGUAUUAUGCAUGAUGUAGUUUUAAUCAAAAAGACCCACUGGGCACAGAUGUGUUAAUUUACAUUUGGUUGAGUUAUCAACUAACGUGAAUUCAACAUGAAAUCAACAAAACAUUUAACCAUGUCAUUGGAUUUAGGUUAAAAGU